UGCGCAGGCGCGGGGUGAAGCCGCGGCGGGGCCGGAAGGAGUGCAGCGGCAGCCUCGGAGGCGGCGGCGACGAAGCUGUCGGCGGCCGCUCCCGGUGACUAAAAGCCGUGGCGACAGAGGCCGCCGAGCCCGCUUGGCGAGCCGGCGAGCUGAGUGGCGAACCCUUUUGAAUAGUCACCAUGUUCAGAUAUUAGCAAGUACGUAUGUAUAUGUCUGCGUUUGAAAAUGGCAGAGGGAAACAACAAUGAAGAGGUAAUUCACUUGAACAACUUUCACUGCCACCGGGGACAAGACUGGAUCAAUCUCAGAGAUGGACCCAUCACCAUAUCUGACUCCUCUGAUGAGGAAGGGGUUCCCAUGCUGGUCACCCCAGCUCCUCAGCAACAUGACGAAGAGGACCUGGAUGAUGAUGUCAUCCUGACGGAAACAAAUAAACCUCAGACAUCACGACCCAAUCUCAUCAAACCAGCUGCCCAGUGGCAAGAUCUCAAAAGAUUGGGAGAAGAAAGGCCUAAAAAGUCUAGAGCAGCCUUUGAAUCAGAUAAGAACGGCUAUUUUUCAGUGUGUAACAGCUCAUUGUUUGAUUCUGGGGCACAGGAUGAUUCUGAAGAUGACUACGGUGAAUUUCUGGAUCUUGGGCCUCCUGGAGUUUCUGAAUUCAUUAAGCCAAGUGGCCAAACAGAAAGAGAACCCAAACCUGGACCAAGUCAUAACCAAGUAGCAAAUGACAUUGUCAACCCCAGAUCAGAGCAGAAAAUCGUUAUCUUGGAAGAACGUGGCCUUCUUUUACCAGAAGGUGAUCCUUUGGACUCUCAGAACCAGUCAUCUGAUUCAGAAACAGAGCUUUUAUCAAACUUUGGAGAAUCACCUGGUAUCCUGGAUGAUCAGGUCAUCGAAGAAGGCUGCUGGUUAGACCAUCGUUACUUCCAGUCCCUAAACCAGCAGCCCCGGGAGAUAACAAACCAGGUGGUUCCUCAGGAGCGGCAGCAGCCCGAAGCAGAACCAGGCCCAUUGUUGUAUCAACGUGAGCCCCCAGGGCUGGCUUUUCCAAGGCCGGCUUUUCCAAGACCAGAACCCCAGCAGGAUGGGAUUCCGGGCCCCUCCUCUCCGCAGCCUGGCCAUCCUCUAGGAGAGCUUGAAGACCAGCAGUUAGCAAUAGAUGAUGAGGAGCCCGGGCCAGCCUUUCCACUACAAGGAUCUCAGGAGCCCAAUUUGGAAAACCUUUGGGGGCAUGAAGCUACUGAGGUAGAUCAAGAACUCGUUGCACUUUUAGUGAAAGAAACAGAAGCAAGAUUUCCAGAUGUUGCAAAUGGGUAUGUUGAGGAGAUAAUUCAUUUGAAGAAUUAUUAUGAUUUGAAUGUACUUUGUAAUUUUCUUCUGGAAAAUCCAGAUUAUCCAAAGAGGGAAGACAGAGUCAUUAUCAACCCCAGUAGCAGCCUGCUUGCCAGCCAAGAUGAGACCAAGUUGCCUAAACUAGACUUUUUUGACUAUUCUAAAUUGGCUCCUCUUGACCAGCGCUGCUUCAUCCAAGCUGCUGACCUCCUGAUGGCCGACUUCAAAAUGCUCAGCAGUCAGGACAUCAAGUGGGCCCUGCAUGAGCUCAAAGGACACUAUGCAAUCACCCGAAAGGCCUUUUCUGAUGCCAUUAAAAAAUGGCAGGAGCUAUCACCAGAAACCAGUGGAAAAAGAAAAAAGAGAAAAGAAAUGAAUCAGUAUUCUUACAUAGAUUUCAAGUUUGAACAAGGUGACAUAAAAAUAGAAAAGAGGAUGUUCUUUCUGGAAAAUAAGCGGCGACAUUGUAGGUCCUAUGACCGGCGUGCCCUUCUUCCAGCUGUGCAGCAAGAGCAGGAGUUCUAUGAGCAGAAAAUCAAGGAAAUGGCAGAGCAUGAAGACUUUCUGCUCGCCCUGCAGAUGAAUGAAGAACAGUAUCAAAAGGACGGCCAGCUGAUCGAGUGCCGCUGCUGCUACGGGGAGUUUCCGUUUGAGGAGCUGACGCAGUGUGCAGACGCGCACUUGUUCUGCAAAGAGUGUCUCAUCAGAUACGCCCAAGAGGCCGUCUUCGGAUCUGGGAAGUCAGAGCUCAGCUGCAUGGAGGGCAGUUGCACGUGUUCAUUCCCAGCAAGCGAACUGGAGAAGGUGCUUCCCCAGACCGUCCUGUAUAAGUACUACGAGCGGAAAGCGGAAGAAGAAGUGGCCGCCGCUUACGCUGAUGAGCUUGUCAGGUGCCCCUCCUGUAGCUUUCCGGCCCUGUUGGACAGCGACGUGAAGAGGUUCAGCUGUCCCAAUCCUCGCUGCCGAAAGGAAACCUGUAGGAAGUGUCAGGGACUCUGGAAGGAGCACAACGGCCUCACCUGUGAAGAGCUGGCAGAGAAAGAUGACAUCAAGUACCGAACGUCUAUUGAGGAAAAAAUGACGGCAGCCCGCAUCAGGAAAUGCCACAAGUGUGGGACCGGCCUCAUCAAAUCCGAAGGCUGCAACCGCAUGUCUUGCCGCUGUGGCGCCCAAAUGUGCUACCUCUGUCGAGUGUCCAUCAGCGGCUAUGACCAUUUCUGCCAGCAUCCUCGCUCACCGGGAGCUCCUUGCCAGGAGUGUUCAAGAUGCUCUCUCUGGACCGACCCCACCGAAGACGAUGAGAAGCUAAUUGAGGAGAUCCAGAAGGAGGCUGAAGAAGAGCAGAAGAGAAAGAACGGAGAGAACACCUUCAAACGCAUCGGGCCCCCCUUGGAGAAGCCUCCAGAGAAAGUCCAGCGGAUCGAAGCCCUGCCGAGGCCCGUCCCGCAGAACCUGCACCAGCCACAGAUCCCACCCUACGCCUUCGUGCACCCACCCUUCCCUCUGCCGCCCGUCCGGCCCGUGUUCAACAACUUCCCCCUCAACAUGGGCCCCGUCCCGGCACCCUACGUGCCCCCCCUGCCCAACGUGCGCGUCAACUAUGACUUCGCGCCCGUCCACGUGCCGUUGGAGCACAACCUGCCCAUGCACUUCGGUCCCCAGCCACGGCGCCGCUUCUGACCGCCCGCGGCCUUGUCUCGUCCGGGGAGCCCGCCGCACUCCCGGGGCCGUGCCUGUCAAAUAGGCAUGAUGGACCGGGCUCUCGGAAAGAUGGGCUGGGUUUGUUCCUGCUCCUUCCUGGGAAGGGCCACUGCCCCCGGGCACCUGUAACAGGACCAGCCUGGCACUUACGGGGCCAAAGAGAAGGGGGCAGUGAAACCUCCCCAGAGUGUCCCACCGUGCCAGUGGCCAGUGCAGGGACCCUCCCACCGGGCGGCCCAUCUCUGCGGUUAGUCCUGGCCCUGCCGGGGCCAAGGUGGUGUCUGCCUCUGCCCCUCCCCCGGCCGACUACAGAGUGUCUCCCCUAACCACGUAGGCCUUCCUGACCACAGUGCAGCCUGAAGCGUCGUAAAACUGGCGCAGCAACUCCUACAGUUCGGAGAGAGCCAGGCCACCUGGACCACGUCCCGGAAGCCAGGCUCUCUUCUCCCUCCCCACCAUCACCCCCCACCCCAAUACCACAGCCCACCCAGAGAGAGGUACGCCCUGCUGCUCCAAGCCACUUGGUCCCAUCAAGUGGGGGCAGAGCCAUCAGAGUCCCCGGGCCUGGGAGCACCGCUCAGGGUGGGGAGGCUGUGGGCCGUGUCCCCCCAAAUCCAGAACCCCAGGCCACCACCACCGUGACUGUUCAGGGGUCUUUCUCCUUGGACCACUCAGUUGAGACCACAGAGAGCUGUCUCGUGCUGUCUGUUCUGUUUUGUAGUUUAAAAUAUUUGCCAUUUA